AAUCUUAUUCUUAAUAAAGAAGUUGAGCCGAAACCGAUAGAGUUGGUAGGAGAUAACUUCGUUCAAAGACUGUAUAAAAAGAUGUUCAGAGGUGUUCCUAAGAGUAAACUGAAGGCUAGUGGAUAUAUUCUUUUAACUCACUGUGUUCAACUUCAACAAUUAGACAAAUUUUUCAGAGUAUUUGAUAUGCCGGAUACUUUCUACUCCUGGUUCCUCGUCUCAGAGCUUCACGUCUGGAUGCUUUGUGCCCGACUAAUGAAUGAGGGAGAUUAUGGUCGAAUUGUCAGAAAUGCAAUGGUAGAAGCACUUUGGCAGGAUUGUGAUCAAAGAGCUAAAUCUAUCGGAGAUAUGGCGGGUUCUGCUCGAUCCAAACAGAUAUUGGCAAUUUCAGAGGAAUUUCAGGCUGCAUUGUUUGUAUAUGACGAGGGACUACUGGGUUCAGAUCAGGAACUAGCAAACGCACUCUGGAGACGAUUCUUUCUUUCUAUGCGGAAUUCAGAGGAAAAACAGGUUCCAGAUAUGGAGAAGAUAGCUCUACUAGUUGAUUAUGUUCGGCGCACCAUGAACCACCUGGAUAAUACUGACGCAGUCACCCUGCUCAUGAAGGGUCAGGUGUCCUGGCUUCAGCUUAAUGAGAGUAUUAGUGCUCGUUCCUAGUAUUCUCAUCAUGGUACUGAUGAUUAAUCUUUAAAACAUGGGGUUAACGAGGGCUAUUACUAAUACAUCAGAUGCAUUAAAAAAGUUCUUAAUUACAAAAACAAAUGAACGAAUCUUUUCAACAAAUUUAUUACUAUGGUUCCGACAUUGCAUAAAUGAAGAACGGAGACUUUACAAGUUAUGCUACUGCACUUUACACUGUGCACUGUACACUGUACUUUGUACACUAUACACUAAUUCACUGUACACUGUACACUGUACAAUGUACACUGUACACUGUAAACUGUGCACGUUACACUGUACACUAUGAUGAAAUGUAAAGUAAAGUGUGCUCAUAUCUUCUCUAAAGCUUCUGAUGUCAAGUGCUUGCUCUAGUAAACUAAACCUUGAGAUCUAUAUUCAAACGUAAUAUUUUUUUUGAUGAAACAGAACAACUUGAAUUUGGUUUCAGAAUGUUUAAUGUAAAUAUACCCAGGAAUUAUCGGUAAAUUGAUUAUGACCCAAUAAAAUUAUUUAUUAAGAUUA